AUGGUGCCGAAACAGAAGGUUGUGCUGGGAAAUGGUGAAGAAAUGGCUCACCACCAGCAGCAACAACAGCUCCAGCAUACUUUGCUCGACCAGCUCUAUAAGGCCGCAGAGCUGGUAGGGACUGGGAACUUUUCACACGCGCAAGGGAUAUUGGCGCGGCUCAAUCACCAGCUUUCCCCUGUUGGAAAGCCCCUUCAGAGGGCUGCUUUCUAUUUCAAGGAGGCUUUGCAACUCCUCCUCCUCAUGAACAAUCCUGCCACCUCUCCACCACCGAGAACUCCGACCCCAUUUGAUAUCAUCUUCAAAAUGGGGGCUUACAAAGUCUUCUCCGAAGUUUCUCCGCUCCUUCAGUUUGUCAAUUUCACCUGCAACCAGGCCCUCCUCGAGGCCCUCUCCGACGCUGAUCAGAUUCACAUUGUUGAUUUCGAUAUUGGUUUUGGUGCUCAUUGGGCUUCCUUUAUGCAGGAGCUUCCCAUCAGGAAUAGGGGUGCUUCUGCCCCUUCACUCAGAAUCACUGCCUUUGCUUCACCUUCGACUCACCACCCGGUUGAGCUCGGGCUUAUGUGUGAUAAUUUGACACAAUUCGCUAAUGAGAUUGGUGUAAGCUUUGAUCUUGAAGUGGUUAACAUUGAUUCUCUGGACCAAAACUCAUACUCCCUGCCCAUUUUUCGAGCCAACGAUAAUGAGGCAGUUGCUGUGAAUUUCCCCAUUUGGUCUACUUCUAAUCAACCAGCUGCUUUGCCUAAUGUCCUUCGCUUUGUGAAGCAGCUAUCUCCCAAAAUUGUGGUAUCUUUGGAUAGAGGGUGUGAUAGAAGUGACCUCCCAUUCCCACAGCACAUUCUGCAGGCCCUCCAGUCGUACAUAAACCUUUUGGAAUCACUUGAUGCUGUUAAUGUGACUUCCGAUGCUGUGAACAAGAUUGAGAGGUUCCUCCUUCAGCCCAAGAUCGAGAGCACUGUUCUGGGGCGUCUCCGAACCCCAGACAAGAUGCCCCUUUGGAAAACACUCUUUGCCUCCGCUGGUUUCACUCCUGUACCCUUCAGUAACUUCACUGAAACUCAGGCGGAAUGUGUGGUGAAGAGGAAUCCAGCAAGGGGAUUCCAUGUCGAGAAGCGACAAGAGUCACUAGUUCUAUGCUGGCAGCGGCGAGAGCUCAUCUCCGCUUCAGCUUGGAGGUGCUGA